UCAUCAUUUUCGAAAAAGAUCUGAUCUACUUAUUGUCGUGGGAAAGGUAUGGUAGGUAUGGGGAAUUUGUCCAACUAUAUCCUGAUUUGACUCUCAAGAUGGAUGAAAUUAUCCCACAAGCCUUGAUCGAUACGUAAAAUAUUUAUUAUAGUCUCACGUAUGUGUCAUGUGCUUAAGCCAAAAAUAUAUCACUUUUUUUUUUUUUUUUUUGGUUUAAUAAUAUAUAUCACAUUGAUAUACCAAAUGAUAACAUUGAUAAAUUAAACUGGAAAUAUUAACGAAAGUUGUAAUCUGCUGGUUUAGAUUAUUUGGUAUAUAGUUGUGUCAACAUCUACUAUAGAAUUGUUGGCAAAAAAUAAAACAUAGUUGUACAUCCGAUUCCAAAUUCUGCGAUUUUCCUGUUUUUGCCAUUCUUUUGUCGUUGUUUUGAAUGUCGGGAGAGCUAAAUACCUCCAGACUUUAUCACAAUAUUAUAUUGGUUAGUACGCGUAGUUUAUCAAUAAAUCUCUCAUGUCCACUUCCUUUUUGCUAGGUAGAGGAUUAGGCAGUUGAGGUCUCAGGUAGUCUGUGGUCGAUCUGUUUUGGAAGAAAUAUUGCAGGUUCAGUUUCUCGCCGGAAUCCGUUUUGCGUCUGGAUCUGUUUACUCCAGCCAAUAAAUGCGAGUCUGGCCAUGAAGUAGCGAAGCAGUCGUUUUGUAAACGCCAGAAUUCGCAGAAAAAUAGAAAGAGCUAUGGAUGUUCAUGAUCUAUCUGAAGAAGCUAAAAGAGGACUACACAUGUCGGAGGAAUCAUCGGACGAUAUUUGUGUUGAUUUUCGCGGUCGACCAUCCAGGCCAAGCAAGCAUGGUGGUACAAGAGCUGCCCUCUUUGUUCUAGGCUUCCAAGCUUUCGAGAUGAUGGCUAUCGCAGCCGUUGGCAACAACUUGAUCACAUAUGUGUUCAAUGAGAUGCAUUUUCCUUUGUCGAAAUCCGCAAACCUCGUGACUAACUUCAUAGGAACGGUGUUUCUUCUCUCGCUUCUUGGUGGCUUCCUCUCUGAUUCAUACCUUGGAAGCUUUCGUACCAUGCUCUUUUUCGGCGUCAUCGAAAUCUCUGGUUUCAUAUUAUUGUCAGUCCAAGCUCAUCUCCCAGAGCUGAGACCACCAGAAUGCAACAUGAAGAGCACAAUACAUUGCGUAGAGGCAAAUGGUUACAAGGCGGUCACUCUCUACGCAGCACUCUGUUUGGUGGCCUUAGGGAGCGGCUGCCUUAAACCGAACAUUAUCUCUCACGGUGCAAACCAGUUUCAAAGGAAGGAUUUGAGGAAGCUAUCUAGUUUCUUCAAUGCUGCUUACUUCGCCUUCUCAAUGGGUCAGCUUAUUGCACUUACACUCUUAGUUUGGGUGCAAACGCAUUCUGGCAUGGACGUUGGUUUUGGUGUCUCCGCGGCUGUUAUGGCCGCGGGGAUGAUUAGUCUCGUUGCUGGAACUAACUUUUAUAGGAAUAAACCGCCUCGUGGUAGCAUCUUCACACCAAUUGCUCAGGUCUUCGUAGCCGCGAUCACUAAACGAAAACAGAUUUGCCCAUCAAACCCGAACAUGCUUCACCAACCUUCAACGGAUCUAGUUCGUGUCAAACCACUUCUCCAUUCUAACAAAUUCAAGUUUCUUGACAAAGCUUGCAUCAAGACGCAAGGCAAAGCAAUGGAGAGUCCAUGGAGACUCUGCACAAUCGAACAAGUCCAUCAAGUCAAGAUUCUUUUAUCAGUCAUACCGAUAUUCGCGUGUACUAUCAUCUUCAACACCAUCUUAGCUCAGCUUCAAACUUUCUCUGUUCAGCAAGGAAGUUCUAUGAACACACAUAUUACAAAAACUUUCCAAAUACCACCGGCUUCUCUUCAAGCCAUUCCUUACAUCAUUCUCAUCUUCUUUGUGCCUCUCUACGAAACGUUCUUCGUCCCACUCGCUAGAAAAUUCGCGGGAAAUGAUUCCGGAAUCUCUCCUCUUCAGAGAAUUGGCACUGGACUGUUCUUAGCAACUUUCUCAAUGGUUGCAGCUGCUUUAGUGGAAAAGAAGAGACGAGAAUCGUUCUUGGAACAGAAUGCAACACUCUCAAUCUUUUGGAUCGCGCCUCAGUUUCUGAUAUUCGGUUUAUCAGAGAUGUUUACAGCUGUUGGAUUAGUGGAGUUCUUUUACAAACAGUCUUCACAGAGUAUGCAGUCUUUUCUCACAGCAAUGACUUACUGUUCUUACUCUUUCGGGUUCUAUCUUAGCUCUGUUCUUGUCUCGACCGUGAACAGAGUUACUUCUAGUAAUGGUUCCGGGACUAAAGAAGGUUGGUUAGGCGAUAACGACCUUAACAAAGAUAGAUUAGAUCACUUUUACUGGCUCUUAGCUUCAUUGAGUUUCAUCAACUUCUUUAACUAUCUUUUCUGGUCAAGAUGGUAUUCGUGUGAUCCAUCUGCGACACAUCAUAGCGCCGAAGUCAAUAGCUUGGAGGAUUUAGAAAAUGGCGAAAACAAGGAUUCCACGACGGAGAAGCCUAGAAUUUGACUAAGUAUGGUAGAUCAUCUUGUUGUAACCCUUUAGGAAGGAUAAUAGAAGGAAUCUUUUGAAGAUCAUAUAUGCUUAUUAUAAUCCUGUUGUAAUCAUACGUUUUGGAAGUGGCGGGGUAGAGUUUUUUUUGUUUUUUUAAAUUUGAUUUUGGGGUUUGUAAUGAUGAAGAGUUAGUUUAAAAGGUUUAGAGAACUUGUCUUUUGAAUGAAUAAUGUAUCAAGCUAGCUGGUUUUGUGA